AUGCAGGCCUUCCCUGUCAUGAGUUGUCAUUUGCGCUUUCCGAGCACCUCAGUGGAGCUCACCGUGCACUGUUUGCGGACCCCUAAGUCCGUAUUUUCGCCCUCCAAUUUUCCCUGCGCGAAACGGUUCGACUUGUCUGGCAAGCGCGAGUUUUCCGAUCCCGAUUCUGCAGGUGAUCGCGCUACCUUUUUGGAUUCCACUCAGCCCAUUUGCCUCUCUACUAAUGUCAGUCGGCAGUGCAACAUUUUCCCCAGUGGCGUGCUAAGUCAGGACGGGGGUGCAUACAUUUGCAAGCUGCCCGCCGGUGAGGCCUAUAUGCUAAACGCUGGGCCGAUUAGUCUGGUGGAGGCACUACCGGCCUCCUCAGUCGCCAAACCACCAUUCUCCUUCGCUCAGCUGAUUGCUCAAGCUUUGAUGAGCCAACCCUCGCGUCGUCUUACUCUGGCUGGCAUUUACAACUUCAUCAGCCAAACCUAUCCCUACUACCGGUUGUACGAUAAGGGCUGGCAGAACUCUGUUCGUCACAACCUCUCUCUCAGCAAGUAUUUUCUCAAGCGAAAACUGGCAUGUCUCCGAUGCUGA